GGGUUUCCCUGCGCCACAGGAUCUCCGGGCACGCCGCAGACGCCUUGGCUCUGCCAGCACCCUCCUCGUCACCGCCGCGAAUUCAUAGUGAUCUGCUGGCUCCUGCGACAGUCUUCCUCGCGUCAGUCAGAGCAGUGAACGCUGUACCUUGAUCUCGAGAGGCGGUGUCUUGAAUGCGACUGGUUUCCACGGGCUCAGUUCCUUAUUCGCUGCUCGUCAGCGUCAGGUGCAAGCAAGGUCGGCUUCGCAACUUGACUUUCCACUCGUGUCCUGAAAAACUCAGUGAACGUGGUUUGUGAAUAAGGGGAGAGGAGACGAACUAUGUCAUCGGGGGAAAACCGUGAAUUUUCGUGUUCGAUGAAACGUUCAAGCUUCUUGAAAACCCGCGAAAUGAAACUGAGCUUUUCGCGGUCGGGAUCGUCGACAUUGAGCGACGGACGUCCGAGCAUGUCCUUGCUGUCGCCGUUGUCUCCAAGACCUCGGUCUCCUCCUGGCGACGCGUUCGCGUCGUGUGCCACGCCGUCGUCCUGCGGCCCGACGUUGUCAGUGUCGCAGCAUCAUCAUUUGAGCAAAUCCCUGAGCUGCACAUCCAGCACCUCGCUGACUACACCUGGAUCAAGUGCUGAAAAGCAACAUCACGUAUCCUACGCAUCUCGGUCGCAAAGCUCCGUCGAGCAACUCACGUCAACUUCUUUCACGACGCUUCCUCGUUUGCUUUUGCCACCACCGCAGGAAUACACCAGGAGAUUCCGCGACGACUCGCUGGAUCAACUUGUAGCAGCAGGCGAUGUGAUGUUAGAAAUCGUUUCUUCAUGCAUUAUGGAUGACAUGCAAAGUUGUGAAGUACUGUUCCUACGAUCCGAUGACGUUGACUUUCGGACAUUUCCGCAGCAAACCUUACAAUUGCUGCGUGGUUUGGCACUCGUCUGCGAUCCAGGAAUAGAAGCUGCGUCUUUUAAACCGAGCUUCACGUAA